AUGGCGACGCCGACGCUGGCACCGACGGACUAUUGGCAAGCAGUGCUUCCGGAGACCCCGAUGCCCCAAGCAAUACACGACCUAUUGACCCAAUCUACAGGUGAGGAAGAAUCAAGGAAGGUCACCAUGUCAUAUGGGUCCCAAGGUGAGGAGGAUUCAAGAAAGGUCACCAUGUCAUAUGGAUCCCAAGGUGUGGAGGACUUAAGGAAGGUCACCAUGUCAUAUGGGUUGAAAGGUGACAAGGACUCAAGGAAGAUCACAAUGCCAUAUGGGUUGCAUGGUGGUGAGGGCUCAAGGAAGGUCACCACAUCAUAUGGAUCGCAAAGGGAGGACUCAAGGAAGGUUACCACAUCAUAUGGAAUCCAAGAUGAGGACACAAGGAAGGUCACUACAUGUCAUAUGGAAUCCAAAGUGAGGAGGAACCAAGGAAGGCCCCCACAUCAUAUGGGUCCCAAGAUGAGGAGGGAUCAAGAAAAGUCACCACAUCAUAUGGGUCCCAAGAUGAGGAGGGAUCAAGAAAAGUCACCAUGUCAUAUGGAUCUAAUGGUGAGGACCCAAGAAAGGUGUGGAGGAUUCAAGGAAGGUCACCACAUCAUAUGGGUGCAAAGGUGA